ACGAAGUCGAGCUCUAGCUCGACGGAGUCAAGUCCGCAAGCUGAGUUUGAACGAGUCAAACGAGAAUCUCGCUUCGACGUUCAGAUCCGGAAAUAGCGGGAUCGGUAGUUGCACGUGGACGAGAUACGCGGAGGAGGUUGCGAUCUACUUCGGAGCUAUAAAAGGAGGACGAUUCUUGAUCACAAGGCAUAAGUUCCAUUUCCGAGAAAGUUUAAUCUUCUCUUUGAGAGACAAUUCUGAUAAGUUCCUUUCUAGAAAACAUCUUCUCACUUCUUUGUCUUGA